AUGCCGCAGUCUAUCGUAGACUCGCCCCUUCCUACCAAGAAACCAACUCCGCGCAAGGCUGAAGCCCCGUUCAAUCGCGAAGACGCCGACUUCAUCAUCCGCACUAGUGACAAAGUCGACUUUUACGUUCAUCGCCUCAUCAUCUCUCUCGGAUCUGGCCUCUUUGAAGGCAUGCUCGCCCUCCCGCAGCCGCAAGGGACUGAUCUCAAACAGCCAUUUGUGGAUGUCGUGGAGGAUAGCAAUACCAUGGACGCCUUCUUGCGCUUUCUCUACCCAGUCCAGGAUCCCGCGAUAUCUACGUUCAAGCUCCUUCGCAGCGUCAUCGAGGCGGGAAGGAAGUAUGACGCGCCCCAAAUUUUGGCUGAAAUGCAGAAGGUGCUCGCUCACAAACAGUUCUUCUCCGGAGAUCCAGUGCGGGUCUUCGCUAUCGCCUGUCUCUUCAAUAUGGAAGAACUGGCCCAGGAUGCGGCGAUCGAGGCAGUUGUCACUGGGCGCGUACUAAUAGGACAUAAGUGCGAAGACUUGGACGAUAUCCCGGCGGCAUCGUAUCAUCGUCUUCUACAACUCAACAAGAGACCAGUGUCGAAGGUGAAGGGGAAGGCUGCGACUGUGGAUCCCUCAAAAAUUGGCCCAUUUUGCGGCCGAGCGGUCCUCCCUCAUCCUCCACCGAUCUUCACUACUAGAAGACCGCCCCAGGAGGUUGCUUCCGAAUUUGCGUUAGCUCCGGCAUCCCACCCGCCAGAUCUCGUCCUCAAGACGAACGACGACCAUUCGUUUCUCGUGCAUGAAGUUAUCAUCCGAUUUGCCUCCCCAUCCCUUCUCUCCAACCUUUCACCAGUCGAUACCGUCGGCCAAUCAUCUAAUGACAUUCCAGACACGCCGAAAAUUCCUACCUAUAUCAUUCCUGAACCCGCCGAUGUUACCCGUGUCCUCCUUAAGUGGUGCUACCCCUCUUCUCCUUCUCCCCCAGCAAUAACCGGAAAACGUUACCUCGACAUCCUCCGCGCCACCAGGAAAUAUAGUUUUUACAAAGCCGAAGCAGACCUGCGCUCGACGUGGGACCGCUACAUGAUAUCGGCACCGCUUGAAUUCUUCUUCGCCGCAGCGCAGUGGGGCUGGCAGGAGGAGGCGCAGGCGUGCGCGCGCGAGCUCAUCGACACCAAGGACGACCUGGCGGACAUCGAGAAACUCUACACAUCCGAAAUGGAGACGAUCACGGCCGAUGUCUACCGAAGCCUGCUUUCCUACGUGGACAGGUGCUCGGCUGCGGCGUCAGCGCGUAUGAAGACUGGCCAGAUACCGACUCUUCCCCUGCCCCCCGCCUCUGUGCGGAACAGCGCGCUGUUCACUGGCGACCGUCAAGUCCUUCCCUUGAGCACACACUGUGACUUUUCGUUGGAGAAACCCGUGUUGUAUUUGGAGGAGUUGCUGCAUGCGGUGCGACGGAAACCGUCAACGUUGAUGGUCAUCGACAUGGCAAGAGGUCGUCCGGUCCAAACCGGCCCUGCUGGCGCCAAGUUUCUCGUCGCUCUUUGCCGUGCCUCCACCGGCUCGGACACCACGGAGAGGGUGAUGGAGUGGGGCAUGAAGUUUUUGGAAGGUUACGGGAACAGACUAAAAGAUGCGUUGUCCGAGGUAACGCUGGAACUUCCUCCCGCGCGCUGCGCUGCGUCAUGA